UAAAGGUGUGAGCCACCAUUGCCUGGCUGAGCCUCUUGAUUUAAAGAAACUAAGAUGUGUGAAGAGCUUAGAAUAGUAGCUAGCAUAUAGCAAGUAAUUAGCCUGUCUUAGCUGAUGCUCUCAUUGCUUCCAUUACAGCUGUUAUUGCCAUCACCAUCAUAAAACUUAAUUGUUGAUGACAGAUGGUGCUGAGAAGAUUGUGUUCAUAAGUAGAAGACUGGAACCAUAUCCCUUUUUCAGUUUGUAAAACUUCAGUUCAAAAUUGAUCAGAGACCUUAAUGAAAAACAUGACCCUCCUAGAGGAAACCAGGGAAACCCAAGAUUCAGGCACAGACAAGGGCUUUCUGUAUAAGACUGUUGAUCAAUGUGGGCUGAUGAGAUGGCUCAGCAGGUUAGAGAUGAACCUAAUACCCACGUUUAUCCCUGAGACCCAUAUGGAAGGAGGAAACAACUCCUGCAAGUUGUUCUCUGGCCCUCAUGCAUGUGCUGUGGCUUGUGCUCCUUCCUCUCCCCCAGAGGUCAGUAAAUAGUGCAAUAAAAGCAUUGGCAAAUGAUGUUAUGCCCUAUUAAAAAGCUGCACAGUUGGAACUCAGAGAGUGAAGAGGCAGCCUACAAUAUGGGUUGAAGUCUAUUUCCCUAGUGUAUUUCAGUUAUUUGGCAGGGGAGUGAGACCCAGCACAUAGAACUUUAAAAAAACUAAACAGAAAAAGAUGCUGACUAAUCGUUGGUGAAAUGAACUGAACAGGCAGUUUUCAAAACAAGUACACAUGGCCAGUAAAUACAUGAGAAAAAAUGUUCAGGAACUGGAGAGAUGGCUUACUCGUUACGAGUAUGUACUGUUCUUGUAGAGGACCGAGUUUGGAUCCCAGCACCCAUGCAGGGUGGUUCAUGACCACCCAUAACACCAACUUUGGGGAUUCUAACACUCUCUUCUGGCCUCUGUGGGCACCCACAUGUGGCAUACACACCCCUUUUAUAAAAAUGUUCAACAUCUUCAGCCAUCAGUGAAGUGCAAAUCAAAGCUACAUUGAGAUUCUGUCUCACCAGAAUGACUAUUGUCAUCAAGAAAACAGCAGCAAUUAUUAGUGUGGUUGUUGGGAGCUGGAGAGGAGCUCCUGUGUGUUGUUGGGAGUGUAAUUAGUACAACCAGUAUGGAAGUUCUUCAAAACUAAGACAUGGGAAGAACCACCUUGCGAUCCAGUUGUACCACCCUGGGUAUAUACCAAAGGAAAGGAAGGAUGCCACUGCGUACCUGUACAUCCAUGUUUCUUAUGGCACUGUUCUCAGUAGUCAGGUGAUAGAUUCAGCCUAGAUGCCCAUCACCUUGUGAUCCAGUUGUACCACCCUGGGUAUAUACCAAAGGAACAAAAGGAUGCCACUGCGUACCUGUACAUCCAUGUUUCUUAUGGCACUGUUCUCAGUAGUCAGGUGAUAGAUUCAGCCUAGAUGCCCAUCAACAGAUAACUGGGUAAAGAUUACACAAGGGAGUAUUAUUCAACCAUAAAAGGAUUGGGAUCAAAUCAUAUGUGUAGGAAAAGAACUAGAAAUUAUGUUAAAUGGAGAUAAACCAGACCCAGAAAGGUAAAAUAUUGCAUGUUUUCUCUCUAGAUUUAAAGAAAAAGAUGUGAAAGUAGGAGGGAGGUCAUUUUUGUAAAGAGGGAUGAGACCAGGUGGAGGGGGAGAAGAGAGGGCAACUGGGGAGUGAUAGAAUGAAAUACAUUAUGUACAUGGAUGAAAAUGUUACAAAAGUCUUAAUGUAUUUAUAUGUAUAUAUACAUAUAUGCUAAUAAAACAAAGUAAAAAUAGAUAAAUAAAAAGGGCCUAGUCAUGGGAAAACAAGUCUUAAUUGUUGAACUGAAGAUAGAACUCAGUGUGAGGGAACUUGCCUGGCAUAUGUUACACCUGCACGUCAAUCUUAGCUCAACACCACUGGGAAAGACAAAAUAACUUGUCCUUUUCUAAACAUUUGUGGCUUACCUCGUUUGCUGGAUUGUAAGCUCUGAAAUUAGACAACAUGUUUAAAGAGUAAAAUGGAAUAAGAGAAAGACAAUAUAGAGAGCAAGGGAGAUUUAGAGAAACACUGGAGUAGGCAUCUUUAUUACAGUAGAUUAUUUUAUUAAAAGUACUUAAUGAAAGAGGAAGGCGGUGUAUCAUAAAGGUGAACACUUGUCUAGCAUGUGAAAGGUCCUGUGUUUAAUCUCUAUUGUGGUGAGAGAGGGUUAGGGGUAAUGAACACUGAGGGCUGGUUGGAAGUAGAGCCCGAAAGUUCUGUAAUUAUUUUGGUAGGUUGUGUGGAUUAUAUGUAUUGGUGAUUGACUUCAAGUCACCAGUAAUGCAUGAUCACAUUAAGGAAAGAAAAGCAUUUCCUCUUGGAAUCAUUUAACCAAGCACAAGUCCAAAUUUCAAUUCUCUACUUCAUGCUCCCUGUGUCCUCUGUCCAGUCUGUUGCAUGAGUCUCAAUUUGUGCCUGCCUGAAGGCUGUCUGGUAAGUCUGUGCCUGUGUCUGCAUGUCGGGGUGUGUGUGUGUGUGUAUGUAUCUUGUGUACUCACUUGUGUCUGUCUGUGUGUCUAUCUUCGCUCAGUAUUUACUGUACAGCACAGAAAGCAUACCAUGGGGGAAAAAGUGGUAUACUUUAUAGAAAUCUUUAACAGAUUUUUUUUUGUUGUUGUUGGUUUUUUUUUAAUAAGGGAUUAUGUUACUGGCUCCAAAUUAUCCUAACUGACCCAGGAAGCAAACUACUACAAACACCAUUGUCUAUGAACCAGUAUCCACAAUAGAUUCUCAUUUUAGAAGGUUGCUUUCAACCUAUGUAAUUGUUCCUUUCAGCAAAGGGUACAAAUGCAUUGUUCUGGAUCGGGGCAUGGAAAGAGUACAUUGUUUAAGAUCAUAGUUAUGCCAUUAUCUUACGUUGCAAAAGUUGAUUACAUGGGAAAUCCAAGGCAAGUAAGGUUGAUUGUUCCAUAGACAGAUUAAACAAACAGGGCAAGUACAUCCUAAGAUAGCAAUCUUUUAAGUGGCUUUCACUUUGGCUGUGAGGUUUAGCAAAAGUUCGUUUCUUAGAAUGUGAGAGAUGUUUUCAUAUUUCAUUGCCACAGUGGGUAAAGAGGUUGUGAAAUAGAAGUCAUGCAUAUUUUUGCAGUCAUAUGUAUAGAUUGUAAAAACCUUGGUUUUCAAGUACUGUGGACUGUGAGUCUUUCCCUAACUUUUCAUAAUGUUUAGUCCCACAUGUCAAUUUUGAUUGCCAGGCUAAUGCUGGUAAUUUACAAAAUCGCCUCCAUCCAGGGCUGUGUGAAGAUUUAUUAGAGGUGGAACCAGACCUUAAGGUUCUCAGAGAUGUCAUUGAUCAGAGUGAAUCGCUUUGGUCCCCGGGGAGGUGGAAGAAAAACUCUGAAAGUAAAGAAGAAAGCUUCAGUGAGGCAAGAAUGGGAUAAUACUGUGAAUGAUCUGACAGUGCACCGGGCAACUCCUGAAGAUCUGGUUCGCCGUCAUGAGAUGCACAAGUCAAAGAAUAGAGCAUUGGUGCACUGGGAGCUUCAAGAAAAAGCUUUGAAGAGAAAAUGGAGGAAGCAGAAACCAGAAACUUCAAGUCUUGAAAAAAGAAGAUUAUCUCUAAUGAAGGAGAUUCUUUCUGAUCAGUACCAGAUGCAGGAUGUGCUGGAGAAGUCUGAUCAUCUGAUGGCUGCAACCAAAGGUCUGUUUGUUGAUGUUCCUCGUAAGCGCGCAGGGUUUCCAAAUGUAACAAUGGCUCCAGAUUCCUCUCAGAGUCUCAUUGGAGUAAAUCAAGAUCCUGGCACCCAGUCCACCCUUAAUGAAUCUCUCAUAGAGCCUCAGGCUCUUAAUGAAGUAGAUGAUGAAGGAGAAGAGAGCACUGCUCACAGUCAGUCAGAUGACAGCGAGAGUGAACUGCCUAACUCCCUCAACUCCCAGUCUAAGAGGAACACAGAGAGGUUUCUUCACCAACUAAAGGAAGAGAAUUCUGAAUUAAUCAAUCAAUUGUGGACUGAUAUUCAGCAGAAAAUAGCUACCCAGUCACAGAGAACCCCUCCAGGAACUCCAUCCUCGGUGCUCUCCGCAGAGGAACAGAAAGCUGCUCUUAAUGCGACCAACGCUAUCAAGAGAAUCCAGGCUGGGCUUCAGCCUGAGGAGUCUGCUGAGACUGUGGACUCCAGCUGUGUGGUGGAGCAAGUGCUGAACUCCAGGAAGCAAAAGCAGCUGUUUAAUAAAGUGAAAAAAAAACCAGAUAUGCGUGCUCCUUCCAAGCAGAAGAAGAACAUGUUAUCUGCCAGCACAACUUCCACAGACUUGCCAAGUAACAACGCCUCCAGCCUGGAUGUCCUCAAACACAUGAUAAAUGAAGUGGAGCAUGAGAUGGAAGAGUAUGAGCGGUGGACGGGCCGUGAGGUCAAGGGGCUGCAGGGUGGUCAGGGGCUCACAGGCUUCACUCUGUCGCUGGUGAGCUCUCUCUGCCGCCUGGUUCGGUACCUUAAAGAGAGUGAGAUUCAACUGCGGAAAGAAGUAGAGACAAGGCAGCAGCUGGAGCAGAUGUUAGGUGAUCACCGAGAGCUCAUCGAUGCUCUGACAGCUGAAAUUCUUCUCCUCAGAGAAGAACACAGUACCAUGCAGGCAAGACUUCAGCAGUACAUGGUCACCACAGAUGAGCAGCUUAUAUCACUCACGCAUGCCGUUAAGAACUGCCCUGUGAUAAAUAACUCCAGACAAGAGAGUCAAGCAUCAGAAAGGGCAGCUAUGAGUAGAAGACUUGUGGAUAAUGUAGAGGUUCCUGUUGUAAGCAGUAAUGUCUCCAUGCCAUUGAUGUUCAGAGGGGAAGAAGCCGUUGAAUUUCCACAGGAAGAGUUGCCUGUUAAACUCUCUCAGGGGCCAGCCCCCACAGAGAACUUGAAUCUGACCAAUAAUUUCCCAACACAUAUUUUCGAGCCAGCUGUGAUGUUAACACCACCCAGGCAGAAGAGCAACUCAGAAUUCUCUCCUCUACAGGAUGUAUUGAGGAGAACUGUUCAGACUCGUCCUGCUCCACGAAUCCCUCCUACUGUGGAAGUCAUAGAGAAAGAACAGAACUGGGAAAAGAAGGCCUUGCCUGUCGAACCAGACAUUCAGAACUCAAGUGAGGAAAAUCGCCUUUUCACUCAGAGGUGGAGAGUUUCUCACAUGGGAGAAGAUCUAGAGAACAAAGCCCAGACACAGUUUGUUAAUCUAUCACAGCCCCCUUGCAAUUCCCUUCCUACCUCUCAGCAAUCAAGAACUCCUGCGUUCUCAGAAGAGCCCCCAGUGCUUGGAGAUGGGCAGCAGCUUAGAACAAAUGAGGCGCCGGUACAGAGGAAGGACAUAAUGACACGGAUUGCUGAGUUGACACUGCAGAAUUCAGCCAUCAAGGCACACCUGAAUAAUAUUACCGGGUCAGUGGGAGAACAAGGGGAUGGACUUCGGGAGCCAAGCAAACAGGGAAGUGCCAGUGACAUGACCGCUUCUUUUCCAGUAGUUCAAUCUGUAGCACCAAGUAGUAUGGAGGAACGGAUUGCAGAGUUGAACCGACAGAGCAUGGAGGCUCGCAGCAAACUGCUCCAGCUGAUAGAGCAGCAGAAACUUGUUGGUUUGAACCUUUCCUCAUCCCCAGUGUCACCUGUUCAGUCGCCUCUCAGAGCAUGGGCCGAAGAAGGAAAGAGAACCAUCGAGGUGUCUAUUCCAGGAGUGGAGGCUUCAGAGAAUUCGAAAUGCAAUACCGUCUCUCCUGUCAGUGGGAUCAGUUCAAGAAGAUCUUCAGGGGCUGCUAGUAAUUCUUGUUCUCCACUAAAUGCCACCUCGGGAAGUGGGCGAUUCACACCUGUUAAUCCAAGAACAAAGGGUAGGGCUCUUUCUAGAACACCUGCUGAGAAUCUCCGUGGGGUCCUGCCAGGAGAGAUGACACUCCAGUGCCAGUUAACACACAUGGUGACUUUGUGAAUGUACUUGGUCUGCAUGUCUGAGAAUCUCUCUCUAGUGGGCUCAUGUCUAACUCCUCUCUGUGUCUCUGUUGGACAGACUGAAAAGCAAAAUGAAGAAGGCUGGUUUGCGCUUUCUACUCACAUGUCAUAGGAGAAGUGAAACUGAGUGUGCCCUCAGUGACUUAUUCCCACCUUCCCUUCCCUCUUUGUGGAUCCUCUUCAAGUUGUGACAUUUUUCUUCAGAUGAAACCUACAGAGAUAUACUUUAUAAUGGAAACAAGGAAAAGAACAAUUAUUUUAAUAUUUUACCUUUUCAAAAACGUUUUUCAGCAAAGCAUCUAACCUAUGAGUUCCCUGUGAAUAAAACUUUGACUGUAGGAAAAUUUAAGUUUUAUAUUUGAUUAACCUUGUUAAACUUUUUAGUAAUACAUUGUUACCCUUGUCAUUGAUGUUGAGGGUUUUAUUUUUGUUAUUGUUUACUUCAUCUUAAAUGUGGAUCAGCUUCGCAGAACAACUAAAUUGCUUUAUGUAUGACUUAGAAUAAAAUUCUUCUAGCUUUCAGAAA